CACACCCCGCGCCCCUGGCCGGCGGCUUCCCUGCUCUGCGUGCAGGAGUCCCAGGCUGGGCUCCCGCUGCCGGCGGGGACUGGGAGCAGGGCCGGGAGCCGUCCUCCUCCCGCUGCCUUGAAAGUCUCUUAUUUACCCCCGGGCUUCCCUCGAUCCAGGGAAGGUUAUUUCUCUGCGUGGAGGAUGAACUACGUUCUCUUGCCCCAACCUCGAAGCAUGGGCUGCUGACCCUAGAAAUGCAAUCUAGAAUAAGGCCUCAUUAAUCCUGGGGGAAAAGCAAAAAAGGCCGCCACCAGCAAUAAUUAACAGACCUCCGACGGCCUUUUGUUUUUCCCUUUUGUAUAAAUUUUAGUGAGUCAUCAGUUCAGCCUUCUGUAUGCCUGACACUAUCUGCAGUCUAAAGAAGUUACAUACACACAGAUGGUUUGGGGGCCUGAGUGAUACUACAGCUGGUAAAGCGCCUGCCUUGACUGCAACCCACCCGGGUUUUAUCCCUGGCAUCCCAUAUGGUCGUGUGGUACCCCACCCCGCUCCCCUGCACCCAUAGGGAUGGCCAGGUGUAGUCCCUAAAAAAUAUGUGUAUAGUUUGAUGAUAUGCGUGCAGUAAAAUGAUGUAACAUCUUCUCUGCUUGUUAACAGCUCAUAUCAAGUGUCUAAAAGAUUCUUGGAUAUUGUUUUCUUAGGUCUUUAAGUCAUGUAAGCUACAGUGAGUACUCUCUGAGCCUGUUGUGUGUUACAGGAAUGUGUUUUUUGACCGUCUGAAUUUCAACCAUGUUGUCAGGCUGCUUGCAGAAUUUCCUCAAAGUGGCAAACCCUCAUCUCCAGUAUUCAAGAGUAUGGCAGCUGUUAAUAAAUAAAAGGUUUCUUGGAACCGUGCCGAAAUCCAGAUCGUGCAGACGGGUUGUCAUUACGGGUAUUGGCUUAGUAACUCCCCUUGGUGUUGGAACUCAACUGGUAUGGGAUCGCCUUCUCCAGGGAGAAAGCGGAAUUGUUUCACUGGCUGGUGAAGAAUACAAGAAUAUCCCUUGCAGUGUUGCUGCUUUUGUGCCAAGAGGUAGCGGCGAAGGUCAGUUCAAUGAGAUGAACUUUGUAUCCAAGUCAGACGUCAAGGUCAUGUCUUCUCCCACCAUUAUGGCCAUAGGGGCCGCAGAGUUGGCCAUGAAGGACUCCAACUGGUAUCCUCAAUCGGAAGCGGAUCAAGUGGCUACUGGGGUUGCGAUUGGCAUGGGAAUGGUUCCUCUUGAAGUUGUUUCUGAAACGGCCCUGAUGUUUCAGACGAAAGGUUACAAUAAGGUCAGCCCCUUCUUCGUCCCUAAAAUCCUCAUCAACAUGGCAGCAGGCCAAGUCAGCAUUCGCUACAAACUCAGGGGCCCCAAUCACGCGGUGUCCACAGCCUGCACCACCGGUGCGCAUGCUGUGGGAGAUUCAUUUAGAUUUAUAGCCCAAGGUGAUGCCGAUGUGAUGGUGGCUGGAGGCACAGACUCAUGCAUUAGUCCCUUAUCCCUUGCGGGGUUUGCUAGAGCCCGGGCUCUGAGCACAAACUCGGAUCCUAAGUUGGCAUGCAGACCCUUUCACCCCAAAAGAGAUGGUUUCGUCAUGGGAGAAGGCGCAGCUGUGCUGGUGCUGGAAGAGCACGAACAUGCAGUUCAGAGAGGGGCCCGGAUCUAUGCAGAAGUUCUGGGUUAUGGACUUUCAGGAGAUGCUGGGCACAUAACCGCCCCCGAUCCUGAAGGAGAAGGUGCCUUAAGGUGUAUGGCUGCUGCUGUAAGAGACGCGGGUGUGCAGCCUGAAGAGAUAACCUAUGUCAACGCACAUGCUACUUCCACGCCGUUGGGCGAUGCUGCUGAAAACAAAGCCAUCAAGCAUCUUUUCAAGGCCCACGCGCGAGCCCUCGCAGUUUCCUCCACCAAGGGAGCCACGGGCCAUCUGCUGGGAGCUGCAGGGGCGGCAGAGGCAGCGUUCACCGCGCUGGCUUGCUUUUAUCGAAAACUGCCACCUACCCUAAACCUGGAUUGCACAGAACCAGAAUUUGAUCUCAACUAUGUUCCACUAAAGACGCAGGAUUGGAAAGCUGAAAACAGAUGUAUUGGACUCACCAAUUCCUUUGGUUUUGGUGGUACGAAUGCAACACUCUGUAUUGCUGGCAUGUAGAACAGAGCAUUUGUGAUGAAACGUGGAUUUUUAAAAAAAUGUCACAAGAAAACUCUGCUAAGUAGUUAGAUACUGUCAGUAUGAGUUUAAAUACAUCUGUAUUAGUACUCGAGUACCUUUUUUUAUUUGUGUUGUGGGGACACACCCAGCCAGAUGGCUGUACUCAGAAGUAUGGUGCUGCUUAGAGGCCUGUGCACUGCUGGGAUUGAAACACGUGCUCAGCCUUCGAUAAAUAAAAAAGUAUUUCCUUGGCCCA